GUGGAACAUAAAAGUCUAUUUUGUGUAUAAUGGUAUUGGAUUUCGUAUCAACAAUUUCAACAGUUCUGACAUUUUUUACUGACAGGUUCUGAAAUAGUUCUGUUUUUUAUAGCACCUUCAAGAUGUCUGGAACUGUGUGCACCAUGCUACUUAUUAUAUUAAGCAUAUACGUACCGAUGUGUCUAAGUCUGUAUUCAUGGCAGAAGUUAAAACAUUCGGACAAGCCUAACUCGAGUGGAAGGUCUCGCCCAAGUCCACCAUACAAUGGUAAUGAAAGUCCAAUGAGUAUAUCAUCUCAUCGGAAUCAACUUAAUCAAGACUCUCUGAGACCAACUUCUCCCGAUUCCCCACAUCAUCUUGACCGCUCGCCGUCACUGUAUCAUUCAUACGGUUUAUCACCAACUCAACCUCCACUUCCAGAUCAUUACAAUCAACAACCCCUGCCUGGUUAUGGUCCGCCUCCUGAACGUUAUAAUCCACCACCUCCUUCACCUGCUCGUUAUGAUCCACCACCUCGACCACCACCACCUGAUCGUUAUGGUCCACCACCACCCGAUCGUUAUGGUCCUCCGCUUCCAUCACCGGAUCGUUACGGUCCACCACCUCCUCCGCCACCUCCUCAUCGUUAUGGUCCUCCGCCUCCACCACCUGAUCGUUACGGUCCCCCGCAUCGUCCUCCAACAUCGCCUGAUCGUUAUGGUCCACCACCUCCGCCACCACCACCGGAUCGUUACGGUCCACCACCUCCCCCGCCACCCCCGGAUCGUUAUGAUGCUCCGCCUCUGCCGGGACGUUACGAUCCACCACCUCUCCCGUCACCUCUGGAUCGUUAUGAUCCUGCGCCUCCUCCACCGGGUCGGUAUGGUACGCAACCACCGCCCCCCAUUCAUCGUUAUAAUCCUCCACUGGAUCGCCUUUACGACUCUCCACCUGGACGCUACAGAUCGUCGCGUAAUCGGUUUUCACAAUGGAACAUACGUAAUGGCCAGUCUACACCCUCAAGAAGGUAUGAUUACGAUCGAAGAUACACAGCUACACCUCGUAGCCGUUAUCGACAACGCCAAUAUCAUAAUUAUCGGCCCAAACAGUCAGUAUACAGCGGGUCCAUCAGAAAUAUUUCAAGCAGUGUUAAUAGAUUAAUCCGAAAAGUGAACAGAUCCAGAUUAAAUUUGAAUUCACUUCAAAGAGGUCCGAAUUCUACAAGGAAGAUUUCGCUUCUGAAAAAAUUUAUUCCAAAUAUCAAAUAUGUUGGUGGCGUCCAAAAGAAACUGGGGCUAAUAUCUUCGAGGAACCAGGAUAUGAGUCAAGCAUUUAAUUCUAAUUUACAAAAAACAAUUCAACAACGACCAAAAACAGUUACUGUCAAGACACACCCCGUGACACACCAAAAAGAUGGUUCUGUACUGAAACGUCAUUAUCGAGAAAAACCCAGAAAACGAGCUGUAUAUCAGAGAUAA